AUGUUGGUUAGAAGCCAUACGAUUUUGCACCUCCGAAAACCUCUAUCAUUGUCGCCGCUAAGUUCUAGUAGUAGUAUUACGUAUUUUAGGCAAAUUCAUUGCGGAGUUUGCUUACGAAAUCCUCGACAAACGUCGAAACCAAACAUCAAGACAUCCCCUGCGAUAGCUAGCAAGUACCAAGUUAUAACGGAGGAAAACUCACCAGUCAUUGAACACACAGCUGAGGAGAUUCAUUCUGAGACAAAAUAUCCUAUUUUAAGUGAUGAAUUUGAUGGAAUUAAUUUAGAAAGAGGAAAAUCCGGAGUUUUUGAAAUUGAAGAUUUAGUUGAUUUAUUAAAAAGAGAAAACUCCAAAGAUGUCUUUGUAACCACAGUGCCUAAAGAAAUAAAUUAUGUAGAAUACAUUUGUGUGGUUAGUGCUCGCAGUAAAAGGCACAUCAAAGCUCUGGCAGAGUUUGUAAGGAAAGUUUACAAGAAGAAAUGUCAUAAGAGUGAUUAUAUUCCUAGAAUUGAAGGAAAGGACUCGGAUGAAUGGAUAGCUUUAGAUUUAGGUAAUAUUGCUCUACACAUAUUCUCAGAUAAAGCAAGAGAGAUUUAUGACCUAGAGACUCUGUGGGCAGUGGGCCCAGAAUAUGAUGAACAGAUUAAUAAGAAAAGUGAAGUUGUGGACAUGUUUGAAAACUACAGUACCUACUUAAAAGACUUGAAGCCAUUAACAUAAUG